CGUUUCGGAAUAUUCGGAGUUGGUUGUUUUUGUGAUGUUUAUGCAAUUUGUUGUUCCUCUAUUUUUGCACAAUUCUGCCUCAAAUUGCAAAAUAAUUUGUGAAUUCCGUGAAUAAUUUGACUUAUUGUAGCUAAAUCUUCUUCAGUGUGCUGAAAUUCGUGCAAAUUUUGGUGAAAAUUCUUCAUUUUUGCUCAAUAUUUGGGAAAGGUGCAAAAGUGAGGUUAUAUGUGGGGGAGUGAAUGAAGAGUUUUUUCCUCCGGAGAGAUUUCCUCUGUAGGGGGUAAAAUUUCUAUUUAUAUCUUGGAAAAAACAGCGUCAGGGAAUCCCCAAAGUCAUGGCCACUUGGACAAGGAAUGAACCCCAAAAAUCCUCAACGAGGAAGAAAUGGAAUCUCGAAAAUAAACAAUCCCUGAAUAAUCUCAAGUACCAAAUAGCUGAGGAUGGAUGCUCAGAAAUUCAGUAUGAUAUGGCAACAAAGUUGCUGGCAGAGAAUUCCGAUGUGGACAAUGAGGUGAAGGGUGUUUAUUGGCUCACAAGGGCCGCUAAGGAGGGUCAUGAGGGGGCCCUGGCACUGCUGAAGGAGUGCUUUGAGACUGGCCGUGGGAUCAGUGCGUCAAAUGAGUGCGAAGUUCAGGCUUGCUUGUCAAUGAGCAGGGCUGAGAGGGCGGCCCGGAAAGCCGCUCGGGAGGUCUUUGUGUGCCUCUCGAAGGGCGAGGAGUACAUAACGGCGGCCCAGCUUGAGCAGAAGAUGCGCGAAAUCUAUCGAAUCCAGAAGAAUCGACGACGACGUGGUGCCCAGGAGAAUCUGGAGAAUGGUGUUUCAGCAAGUCCUCAGCUCUACCGUCGUCGGGUGCUGAAUGGGGAUGAAGAGCUCUUCACGGAGGCGAAUCUCCUCUCAGCAGCCGGGCAGUACUCACAUGGGCAUCUGCCGAAUAUGAUGCGAGAUCUCACCGUUACAGCCCCUCAUCCGCAUUCCCUCGACCACGUGCCACUCCUCUAUCGUCCUAUUGUGCAUCCCCUCCUUUUCUGGACCCUCAUCUACCAUCGUCUGAUAAAACUCCUGGCGCGGCUUCCGGAAUGCGACUACAACGUCAAAAUUCCCAUCCUCCUCUUUGCCUACCUCCUCUUCUCCAAUGACAGCGUUUCCUUGGCAACAUUUGUGCCCACCUUUGCCUACUACCUGUCCAUCCUCAUCAUGGUCGUGGCUACGUUCAAAGUUCUCAAAGCAAAGCACGACUACGUGGACUUCCGGAUAUGGUCAGGACUCUUCCUCCGCUAUGGUGAUGAAUCGCUGGAGACAGAGAAUACAGAAGCACAAUUCCUCCGGAAUAAUCUCAAGCCAUUCAUGUACUUCUUCGGAGCACUUAUCACCAACCUCAUGCUGACGCCAAUUGUGUCAGAUCAGUGGAUCCCUCAUUCAGAGAUGACUGUUGUGGCAUUUGUGCUCACCUUCAUCACACUCUUCGCCUUCAUGUACUCCACAUCCUCCUUCAUGCCCGAUUACCUCAUUCUCAUCUCCUUUGGCGUGAACAUCCUGGCAAAGCAUCCCUACGAGAUGGACAGUGUGGUGAAUCUCGGAUGGCGCUUCCUGGACAUGCAGGCACCCGCCUACCAAUCCUUUGUCAUUGGCAAUGGCAUUGAGUUCUGCCUCAACUGUCGUGCUCUCCUCUACCUCAUCAUCCCACUCCUACUCAUCCAGAUUGCAGCACGAGAGAAUUGGCGUGGGAUCUACAAGUUUCUCAUUCCACACUGCGUCACUCUCAGCUGGCUGCAGAUCUGCAUCUCCAGCUCUCAGUUCUCAACGAUGUUUGGUCUUGUCCGGGCAACACUGGGCCUCGCUGGAGUCUUCCUCUUUCUGCCCCUUUUCGGCAUCGCAACACUCCUCCUGCCCGUCUUCACGCUCGUGGAUACCUUCAUUGCCACAACGCCUACAAUUAAGUUGUCUGUUAUUGCUCUCAUUGCCAUUGUCAUCCUCAUUGCGUGCAGCUUCCUGGCUACAAAUCCCACCACGCAGAAGUACUUGACUUUCUUCCAGUUCUCAAUUUGCAUCGCCGUGGUUGCCAUUCAAAUCAGCCCUCUAGUCUCACCACCUAUCUCAGUGCCACGCAACGAAGACUCUCUCUUCAGCCCAUUAAUUGAGACUCUAAAUCCCAUUGAGGCACCGCCUGACUUCACGGAGAGAUCCUUCGGCAUGUCCUGGGAUGUCUUCUACCGGUACUGCCAUAAUCCAGCGUGGGAGCAUGUGAGUAAGGUCCACUCCCGCAUUCGCUGCAGUGCCCUCAAUGGGGUCACCGUGAAGUGGGAUGGAAGUGUGAAGGAAGUGGACCUGGGGAGGAUUCGCAAUACGCGGGAAAUGCUGCUGAAGUACGUUAAGCCAAAGAUACUCAGGGAUGCGCUUGUUUGCUACUUUGGCGAGGAAACUGCCGUCCGCUGUGGCGCCGGGGAGGAUUGCGAGGAGAUGAAGGAGUUCAUUGAGAGCAAUGCUAAAUGCAAUUUAGGAAAAUUCAACACAUACGACUAUCAGAUUACAGUUCGUAUGAGUUCGGGCGUCUUCAAGGCACCCACAGAGAUCUCCUUGAUGGCUGAUCAUGAUUUUGGGAAUUUCACAAUGCGCCUCAAUCAAUCGGAUCGCAUUUGGUUUGUUGGGGAAUUGAGUUUACUGCGUGAGGCCGAGAAGAAGGUGUCUGAUGUGCGAAUAGAUGUGAAGGCAAUGGGAUGUCUGAGCUGCUCGGAUAAGGAGUUGUCAUUCAUCCGGGCACGUGGCAGUGACUACAGAUGGGAGACAUUUAGUCAGAGCUUCGUUAAAUGCGGCAAAUACGUUCUCAAUAUCAUCUUCAACCCACUGCUGACGUUCAAAUGAGCUGGAUUCGCAUUGGGGGGCAAAUAAAGAUGAAUAUUUUUUCCUUUAGUGUG